AUGGAACUUUUCAUUUCCCAAAUGGUAGUUGAUGUUGUGGAAGAGGGAGGAGAGCAGAGAGUGGAAGACAUGGGGAGUCUUGAAAUCAUGCCUAUAUCAGAGGAGGAGCAAAACAUGGAGUCUAAUACUGAAGUGAUGGAAUUAAAGAGGACUGAUUUGAGGAGAACUUGGAAAAGGUCUUCAGCUAGAACAUGGAGGCUCAUGAGGAAUCCUUCAAUAGGAGAGACUGACAUGGCUAUUACUGGGAAAAAAGGCUGGCAAGCCGAGUGUGAAGGAUCAGAAAUGUUCAAGGUUCACCAGAGAGUGAAGAAUACAUGA